AGCAAGAUGCACACCAUGAACAAACUUCUACUCACUGUUCUCCUGACCUAUCUGGGACAUUCGGUUGCAUUUGGGGGUCAAAUCAUCGAGGGGACAAAAGCCAAGGAGAAUUCCCUGCAGUACAUGGUCUCUGUGCAGAACAAUGGAAAGCACACCUGUGGAGGAUUCCUGAUUAGUCCAGACUUUGUGCUAACAGCUGCACACUGUAACAAAAGCAACUUGAGUGUUGUUCUUGGUACCCACAACAUCAAGAAGGGCCUUGGGAAACCUGUCAGUUACAACGUGGAACGCAAAUGCAAACCCACCUCAUAUAAAGCUGUAAAGACGGGUAGUGACAUCAUGCUUCUAAAGCUGUCUAGGAAAGCUAAAUUCAGCAAAUCCGUGACCAAAAUAAGGCUUCCAAACAAGGAUAAAGUCCUCAAACCCAACACAAAGUGCCUUGCUGCUGGAUGGGGCCCCACAAAAACAGGCGGCCCAAUCGUUGACAACCUUCAUGUGGUGGACGUGGAAGCCAUUGAUCUGAAGGUCUGCCAGGAGCAGUGGGAUUCCGUCAAUUUUAAACUUCCUGCCAAUGUCAUCUGUGCAGGUGGAUACAAUACCAACAAAGGCACAUGUCAGGGGGAUUCUGGUGGUCCUUUGGUGUGCAAUGGAGAGGCAGUGGGCAUUGUCUCCUUCAACAUGUGGGGAAACUGUGACUAUCCCAAUGUGCCCAAUGUUUACACUCAGAUUUCCAAGUUCUUACCCUGGAUAAAGAACGUCAUCAAGAAGAAGUCAUUAACACCCUCCCCCCACCCUACAUAUUUAUACCCACGAGGUGCAUCAUGCCAUUUGCCCAUAUGCACUAUGGCAAUCUGCUCAGUGGUUCUUCACAUAGUUCUGCUCAUCGCCUUGAAUGGCACUGAUGGGCGCAAGGUGCCGAAGGUGGGUAUUGUUGGUGGCAGAGAGGCUGCUCGCAACUCUCGUCCCUACAUGGCUUCCCUACAGUCCCGAGGUCAACACAUGUGUGGAGGAGUACUGGUGAGAGAGGAUUUUGUCCUCACCGCUGCUCACUGUGACGGGCGAUACAGGGUGGUUCUUGGGGCUCACGAUUUGUCAGAGGAUGAAAAUUCACAACAAGUAUUGGAUGUGGUUCGAUCCAUUCCACAUCCGAUGUACGGGGACAACCUGGAGAAUGACAUCAUGCUUCUCAAGUUGAGAGGGAGGGCUACCCUCAACACAGCAGUACAGUUGAUCCCUCUGAUGAAUGGUUCCAUGGCUGAGGGAAGCAUGUGCACCACGGCCGGCUGGGGGGACAUAGGCGAUAACGGCACCCUACCAGACAAGCUCCAGGAGGUCAACGCCACCAUCGUCCCACCCAGAGAGUGUGCCCGCAGGUGGAGCGACAUCAAAAUCUCCAGCCGCAUGGUGUGCGCAACAGGCCCCAGAGCUUUCCAAGGCUUCUGCUCGGGUGAUUCAGGAGGUCCGUUGGUGUGUAAAGGGAUGUCAGCGGGCAUUGUCUCUUUCUCAGGGCAGAGGUGUGCCAACCCCAGUACCCCUGAUGUGUACACACGAGUGACUUCCUACCGCCGAUGGAUUCAGACAGAGUUAGCUAGAAACCCUUAAAGGGAAAAUCCACUCAAAUGUUUUAGAAUUGUUUUCAUUAGUCCACUGUUGAUACAGUCCCAAAAUGUUUUGCAUUUCAGCAGUCAAGUUUUCAAGAUAUUGGACUCUCAAGAAGCAAAAUGUCACUGGCCACAUCAUCAUGAUGAUGCAAAUUUUUUUAGUGGAUUUUGCCUUUAAGUUUUUGGGCAUGUAAGCCACCAGUGUGUGUUUACACAAUCUCACCAUAUAACUGAUGAUGAUCUCAUUUAGACCAGGGUUGCCCAAAGUUUUUAUUGAAGUGCUAAAGAUGGCACUUUUUCUGAUCGCUUGUUCCCUUGUUGCCAUUCUUAUUAAACUUGGUUAACUCAUUA